UUUACCAUUAUUCGACCUCUGUAGACAUGAUAUAUCACCCAUGUUGUCAUCAUAAUGCGCAGGCUGCGGGAUCACCGCAGGGACACAAGAGACGACCGCCGCUUUAAGCAUUAGCAUGCUGUCGAGCUAGCUAGUUAGCCUCCAAUUUAUUCAUUCUAAACUUAAGAAAGGGUUUCAAACGGAGUAGGGAAGAAACCAAAAACUUACCACUUCCACACAGAAUGGGAGGAGAACUUGUUUUCACUAUGUCAUGUAGUUAGGUCAGGUAGUGUCCCAUCAAUGUAACAUUACUGACACCUAGUGGCCAGGAUACUACAUAUAACUUGUCUUUCAAUAUGUUUGGACUAAUAAUACGCCAUAGUCAACCACGGAACAGCAAUCAUUUAUUAAUGAAUGACUUAAACCGCAAUAGAGCGAGGGAGCGAUGUUGAAACCGCAAUGUAGUGCGGGACAAGUGAGGGAUGUAUAAAAUAAUAGCACACAAAAUUGCUUCCAUUGAAUUAUUAUUACAUUUUGUUAUGUUAAUCUUACCUCAUAUGAACAGUUUGAGAAUCGGUGUCUUAACCUGUUGACCCUGAGAUCAUGUGACUGUGAAGGUCCCAUCAUUAACUUCACCGCAAAAGAUGCUCUCAUCCCGCCACUUUUUUUUCCCCACUAACAUGAAGUACCAUGGAACCUCCAAAGUCCAAACGCCCCAAAAGUAAUACAAUUUUGGAGUUCCGCCUGAAUUUUCUGUUAAAACAAAAAUUGCAUUGUGAUUUAAAACCACCGUCGUGUGACCUCACGCAUAAUGACAGCAAAUCUUGUGAGACAAGCGUGUUUUCUUUUCUUUGGCUUUUUUGUGUGCGCUUUCUUUUUGUGAUGCCACCACAGAAGAAUACUCCACUACCCUUGUUCAGUCCAGCAAUACCCAUAAGACGCCACUAGGUGACAGCGUUGCUCUGUUCCUGUUCCCUCCCAUUCCCAUCUUCAAAUGGUGAGUAGUUUCACUAAACAGGGCUUAACUUCUUUACACUUGGAUGUUAGUUAAGAAUGUUAAAAUGUCGCGUCAAACAUUGCCUGCAGUGUUAAUCACUGUAUUGUGAUGCUGUGAAAUAGAACAACUUGGAAGUCGUCUUGGAGUUUCCUUUGGAGGUUUUACUCCGUGUAGAACAAAGUUUUUCCAGCGAGGGCUGAUGCUAAAACCAGUUUAGGUGAAUGUAUGCUAAACUAUCGGAACAAAACAUUCACGUCAUAGCUUUUGUGUUAUAGGUGACUAAUGAUGAAUUACAUUUAAAAAAUAUGCAGAAGGCCUAGGGGCUGAAAAUGGCCACCCUUUGAACACCCCCGAUGUAGAAUGUACAGUGUUAUGGUCAUUGUGUGUCACAUGGUUGCUGUAUUUACAAUUAAACUUGAAUUUGACUAACUCUGUCGCAGGUUGAGCAAAGCGCGCUUUAAGCUUGAUGUCAAAACAGAAGCGGUUUGUAGGCGGGGCCCGUGCCGACGCUUCCUCUUCCUAUGGCGGCCAACUGGCGGGCCAAACCAUCAAGAGGUCGAUGCAUUCAGCUCGGUCUCAGAGUGGCAUGCCCGUCAUUUCACUCCAGUGAAGCGUGGGCGUCUGGUGUGAACCCCCCCCCAUCUCUCAGGUCAUGUGAGGCGUGAGUUGUAAGGUCCGGCUGUUGCAGUUGAAGAAAUGGAAGAGGAUCAAGGGCCAUGUCAGGAGUCCUCUCGAGCUACAGUUCUCGUCUCAGACGCGCCCAAGGUGCACCAGAAAUCGGAAAUAAAGCGCUACAGCGAGAUCUUCAGAGACUUUGACAACCUUGAUUUGUCAUUUAUUCCCAUUGACAAGGAUGACCUGCUGUCGGACUCCUCAGAGUUCAACUCGCAGUGCAUAAUUGGCGAGAACGCGGAACCUGCAGAGCAACAGGAACCAUCUGAGUGCUGUGUCACCAUUGAAGGAGAUGGAAACUCAUCAGCCCACGAGGCCGACCUGGCGCUCUGCCGCUGUGAGGAUGGCGUGGAGACGGCCCUGCAGUACGCCAAGAUGUGGUGCCGCUACGCCAAAGACCUCUUGGCCUGGAUGGAGAAGAGAAUCAGCUUGGAACAAGAAUUUGCCAAAAAUAUCAUGAAGACGUCUGAGGUGGCAAAAGCCAGCUUGACAUCACAGGAAAUGAUGCCCCUGCAGUACAUCUACACCAUGGCUCUAGAACAAGACUUGAAGAACAGCUGGAACUCUAAAAAGACUUCAGAGCUGGUGCAGAACCGCUGUUACCAAGCCUUGUCUGCCAAGAGGAAUGAGAUUGAAAAGUGGCGCAGGGAGUUCAAGGAGCAGUGGGUGAAAGAACAGAGGAAGAUGAAUGAAGCAGUGACGUCGCUGAAAAAGGCCCGCCAGCAAUACUUCCAGCGCUGUGACGAGCUCGAGAAAGCUAAAGCUGUCACAGCUAAAACCGUGGACGACACGGGCGGGAUGAAAACUCUGGAUAAGAGGAGGAAGUCCAAGGAUGAAGCCCAGACAAAGGUGAUGGAGGCGGAGCUCCUGUACAAACAGUGUGUCCAUGACGCCAGGAUCCACCAGGAUGAGCUGGUGAAAGUUAAAGAGCGGAUUAUUUCCCACAUUCGCAAGCUCAUCUGUCAGGGAGACACAGUGCUCAAGCAGGCCACAGUCAACAUGUUUUACUACCAGCGGCAGCAGACAGAGCCGGUUCCUCUGGGAUAUCACAACCUGGAGCUGACGUGCCGUUCCUUGGAGCCCGGGGAGCCGUACAUGAUGUACAUACGAAGCAGAAGAUGCCAAGAACAGCCUCUGCCAGUCUUCUCCUUCCAGGAGUAUGUGGCUCAGGGGAAACGGAACAAACGGAAAACCAGCAACCCUCUCAGCUCCCUACGGGACUCGUCACCUCAGAGAGAUGAAAGUCCCUGCAGACCACCCAGUGAAGGCAGGCGAUUUGGUUUCAGCGACAACGACAGUAUUGAGGGCAGCUUGGAAUCUCUGUCAAGCCCUGCCCACUGUACUAGGAGGCUUCACAAAACAACGUUCAACUUGCUCUCAGACGACCCGGAUGACCGCGAUGUGGCAUCAGAAUCUGAGUGCCCCGAUGGUCAGCAGGUCAAGGUACGCACGCCAUCCCGGGCCGCUCUGACACACCGACUCAGGAAGCUGAAGACCAAGAUGGUGAAAUGCAAGCAGUGCGACAACUACAUUUACGUAAACGGGGUGGAAUGUGAGGAGUGUGGGAUGGGUUUGCACAGGAAGUGCAUGGAGGUGUGCCAGAUUGAGUGUGACAACAAGGGGACGGUGUUUGGCGUCCCCCUGUCUUUUUUGCUGCGAGACACAAAGGAUGACGUGCCCUUUCUGGUGCGACGCUGCACGUCUGAGAUUGAGAGUCGGGCUCUCUCUGUCCAGGGGGUGUAUCGGGUCAGCGGGUCCAAGCCUCGUGUCCAGAAGCUGUGCCAGGCCUUCGAGGAGCACAAGGAGGAUGUGGACCUCUCGGAGCUGUCUCCACAUGACAUCACCUGCAUCCUGAAGCACUUCUUCAAGGAGCUUCCGGAGCCACUGCUAACAUUUGACCUCUACAAUGACUUCAUGGCGGCGGGGAAGAGCAUUCAGCACCUGGGCGACUGGGAACCCAUGCAAGACACUAACGAGUUCAUGGACGUCACUCACAGCCUACAGAGGCUACUACAAAGACUUCCUUCCUGUUGCUACGGCACAUUGCAGCAUGUCAUAUCACACCUGCAAAAAGUUUCCAGAAACAACGAGAACAAGAUGUCCGCCAGCAACUUGGGUAUCGUGUUUGGUCCGACUCUCCUGCGCCCCCCGGUGACCACAGACCAGCCUACGGUGGCACUGCAGGAAACCACCUACCAGGCGCUGCUGGUGGAGUUCCUCAUCUCACACCACGACGAGCUCUUCCCGCGGAGAGCCGGUACGCCCACCCCUCGCGUUCCCACCGGUUCGCUUCCGGAGACCCCUCCCAGGGGAUGUGCCUGUCCUGUGGAGGGGGACUUUGACUCAAGACCGGAGCAGGGAACAUCCUCCCGGGAGCGGCCUUACUCACUAGAAAGCGAAAGAAUGAAGCGAGAGUCGAGCGAGGGUUAUAUAUCUGACAAGUCUUCAUCCAAUGAAGCCGUGGACCAGCUCAGCCCUGAAGCCAAUGACAGAGCAGUCCUGGCUAUGAGCGAUCCCCAACACGACCCGGCGGGGGACUUUGUUUUGUCCAAGCCGCACUUCCGCUUCACCAGGCAGCCUGUCAAGUACCACCGCCACCACAACCCGAGGAGCCGACCUUGCACCAACCAGAGCGCUGCUGCCAGACCUCCCGCGGCUCCUCCAGCGACUCCUAGUAGUGCAGACAGCAGUCGCAGCUCCUCCCCAGAACAGCGAGCACCCCACGGACCUCCUCAGAACUUGGACGCCUCAUGCGGGAACACCUGCCCGCCGUGCCGCCGGACCACCAGCGCCGCAGAGGAUGUUCCUCUCAGUCCGCGUGAUGUUGUGCAGUACAUGCUGGGACUCGACACCACGUCUCCGGGGGCUUCCAGUUUGGCUGAUGCCAACGUGAACGGCUCCAGUAAUUGUGGACAGAGGAGGACUUUCUGCCGCUCGCCCAAGGCUCUUCCUGCAGAGCAACACUUCACCUCGCCCGCACAGAAGAUCCUGUCUGGUCUGAAGCUGAGACGUAGCCACUCGGGCAAGGAUGAGCAACUUUUUGUAUGAGAAGCAUCUCAUAUGGAUUUAUUCACCAGUGUAUGGACUUGUAUCCUUCUACAGGGGGGAACACACCUUUUUAAACCUUUUUGGCCCUGAAAACGGUACAAACAGUGACUCUGUGUGGGCUGUACCUUGAGAGACGACAGAAAUGCACUUUCAGCCCAACGUACCAUAUUUGGUAACUUGAAGGGUGCCUUAACAUUGGGGGAAAAAAGGCACAUUGUCAUUAUUGUUCACUUAUAUUUCCUUGUAACUUCUUCCACGCUCAUAUUUUGUCAACUGACCACAAAUAAAUUAUAUUAAUGAUAAUCAAACACACAAAUAUUUAAAUAAUCUAACAGAAAAAACAUAACCAUAAGAAAAUAUUACCAAAUUCACUUGUUUUUUAGGACUACGACUAUUUUUUCCCCGAGCAAACAAAUAGACAGGUCCUCUUACUCUUGGGGCUCAAUACGACACUUACUGUAUACAUGCAAACCAGCAGGUGGCGCCAAAUGACAUCCCCCAAGCGAACUAGAGGUUUUCCAAGCAGGCGAGAUAAAAAGGGUGUUAGCGAGUGCUAAUUUUAACAUAACGGUGACCAAUGAAGUCGAGUCAUCAAAGCAGCCAAAAAUAUCUCAUCUCCCACUUAUGUCACACAUAUGGAAAGCAUGAUUUUUUUCAAAAUUAUUCAUUUGGCCAAAAAAAAUAUAUAUAUAUUGUUUUCAGAAACGGCUCUUGAAAAAAAGGGUCGUCUUAUAUUCGGGUCAAUACUGAGAUUUAAAGUCAAAUAUCCUAUAAUAUUAGAGUAUUGUGAUUGAUUAUACUUUUUGACAAUGUAAAAAAUUUGGGGGGGGUUUAUUAGGAGCACGCUAUAACCAUCAAAAAUAUUAAAUACAUUCUUGAAAUGUUUCACUGUGCAUUGGGUCUAUAAUAACUUUUUCGAUAUAUUUUAAUUUAUUAAAAUGCACCUGUAUAUUGUAAAAAAAAAUAUUUCAAUCGUGUUUGUUUAAAAAAAAUCCUGUAAUGUACUCCAAUCCCUUAAAAUCAGCAAACUACAAUGCAUAUCAAAGACAAAGUACUAGCAAA